AUGACGACGCCUUCCAACGAGGAGUCCGGCGAUGGAAGGUGCCAAACUAUUGACAACAUAGUAAACAACUUUAUUUCUGAACAUCAUGAUAAAAGUCUACGACCUCUCAGGCUAGCCAAUAUCUCCAUUUCCGAAUUUUCGACCGAAUUGUCAAAUCAUUUGUCAGUACUAAACGAAGGUGGCAGUAUCGCUUUGGGCCGUGGAGAGGAGUUGACCAGCAAGAGCCUGAGCCUGAGCCUACAGAGCCUUUUCUCGAUUACUACACCGCCCGUGAAGGAAGGACCACCUUUGACCUGGACGAGGCUUGUUCUGUUUGCAGGUCCCCAGUUCGAGGGCCCAGCGGAGUUUGAGAUUGGGAAUUCUAGCGUCGAGCUGUCAGAAACCGAUCUCAAACUCUUACGGUCUGGUAGGCCUUGGCGAUUUCUCUUCCCUUGGCCAGAUAAAGAUGAUUGCAAGAAGGAGCUUCAAUCAAACAACACGGUAUUGCAGGAGCUGAUUGAUGCUCAGAAAACAAUAGGCGAAGUCUUGGAACAAAUUUCGCUUGUUAGGCGACAUCUCCGGAAUCACCGAGAUCUGAUAUCUCGACUUUCUGAAGAUAAGCACCACGCCAACCCUCGAGGAGAAGCUCUACCCCUUGACGAUGCUUCGUUCUCUUUUUCAAAUGGAGGAUCUUUUGAUCCCGUUGCCUCGGCAGAAUACGAAAGCUCAGGUUACCGAUAUUCACCCUACACCCCUACGGCCAUCGGGUAUGCUAGCAAUGACCGAUCUAGUCAGCCAGUUGAUCAGGACCUGAAUGAUCCGGCUCUAUCGGAAGGUGCUUUCGCGGGGAAUAGCACGCAACUAGAUGGCUCAGGGCCCGAGAAAGAUGCAAGACCAGGAUUCAGGCUACACACAUCCGACUUCAUUCAGUGUCUGAGCGAAAUCCUUGAUGAUCCAAAGAAUGGGGACGUAAUGCGCUGGUCAGAAAAUGGGCAAUCUGUCUACGUCGCCCCAGAAAGCAAACUUCCUGCGCAUAUACUUACAAAGAUGUCCACUAAGAGCCACCAAUCGCUCGUUCGGCGGCUUUAUUACUUUGGAUUUCAUAAAACCGGGGGUGUCUUCCAUCAUGAAUCCUUUAGUCGCGGUCAGCCCAGCUCCAUACGACCGACUCGGGAACUGAGCCACAGCCCUUCGCUCCCAACGCCUCUACGCAAUAGCGCUUCCCAACGCGGGCCUCGGUACAAAACGAUCAAAAGAAAGCGCGCAAGGGAAAGUGUUUGA